GUAAAAAACAUCAUCUGCUUAUAUAGGCUCAUCUCAAAUGCUACUUCCUUUGUGAAGCUUUCCUUGAGCUCUGUGAUUUUUUCCAGCCAGAGUGACCUUGCCUCCUUGCGAAAUCCUAUAGGAGGUUUUAAUGUGUUGUGGUUAUUUGUCACAUCUUAUAUGUGCUCAAGUCUUCACUGUUUUACCUGAACACUGUCUUACUCACCCCAGUACUUUCCAGAAUGGCUUAGUAAUGUUUAUAGAAUUUCUGAGGUAAUUAAUGAAUGAGCAAAUGUACAAAGAGUUAAGGACAUACGGUUUUGUGUCAGACAUUUGGGGUUUUUCCCUGGUUUGGCUGUUUUCUGGGUGUGUCAUUGGGUAAAUCACUUUUCUUCUCACCCUUUCCUUAGACUCCACAUCAUAGGACAGUUGUGAGGAUUAAGUGAUAUAACGUAGAUAAAUUGUGCUGUGUGUAAUAAGCCCUCAUUAUAUGUUAGCUGCCAUAGUGGGAAUUCAGAGGAAGGAGAGAAGUCAAGGAGACCCUCUUAGCUGGAUGGUGCUCUCUAGCCUCCUGUCUAUAUUUCCUUUCAGAUCCCAAAUGAGAACUUCACUUUUUUCUAUUCCUGUAUUUUCUUUUUGUCUUUAUCUUUUGGGUAAAUUUGUCUGGCUUCAGGUCUAAGGCACUCCAGCACCAAGGGCUGCUCAGCUGUUUCCUGUCUUUAUGAGAAGCAAGGAUCUCUACCCUAUGGUUGAGCUAGCAGGAGGAGUGUUGUGAGGGAAGCAUCCCCCACCUGCUGGACAAAAAGUAAGUAACCAACAAAUAAAUGCAAGUUCCCCUCUAAUCUCUUGUCCACACUGGUACUAAAUUUACACUCCUAAAGGCCCUCUUCUUCCCUCUUCCUGUGGAUGAAUUCUCCUCACAGUCAGCCUCUCUGUUUGCACACUUGCAUUCUUGUGGACAUUGUUUCUGCCAUUCUCCCACUCUCUCCUGCAGCAGCAAUUUUCCCCACUCCACUGGAUCGUUCUAGGUCAGCUUAUAAACAUUAUUCUUCCCAUCAGGAAAACAAACAAAAACAACCCUCUUUUGACUCUACAUCCUCCUGCAGCUGCCACACAUUCUCCUUCCCUUUAUAGCAAAAUUCCUCGGAAAGGGUGUAUGUACUCAACAUUUUCAAUUCCUCUACUAUGCCCUCUUGGACUUAUUCCAACCAGAUGUUUGACCCCCUACAAACCACCAAAACUGCUCAUCUCAAGAUCACCAAUUGCUCCACAUUGGUCAAUCCAAUGACUGUUUCUUAAUCUUCGUAUGAUAAUCUGUAAGCAGCAUUUAGUAUAGUUGAUUACUCUCUUUUCCUUAAAACACUUUCUUCACUUAGUCUCCAGGAUUUCUCACAAUUCUGGUUUUCUUCUUUUGUCUCUUCCUUCCCAGUGUCUUUUUGAUUCCUUUUCAUUUUCCCAAACUCAACAUAUUAGGUUGGCCCCUGGGAUGGAGUCAUCAAAACUUCCUUUCCACCAACAUUCAUCUCCUGAGUAAUUGUGGCUGAUCCUUCGGCUUUUAAAUCCUAUCUUUUUUUCUGAGAACCUCCCAAUUCAUAUUCCAGUCUAGACCUCUUUCUUGAAGUCAGACCCACAUAUGAAACCAUCUACUUGCCACAUCCACUUGGGUGUUUAAUAGACAUCUCCCACUUAACAUGUCCCAAACCAAGCUCUUGAUAGUUCUCUUCAAACCUGUCCUUCCUGUGGCCUUCUUUGUGUCAGACAACAGCGACUCCACUCUUGUAGUUACUCAAAUGUUUGGUGUCGUUUGACUCUUCUUUUUUCCUCAUUCCUCAUAUCCAUCCAUUGCCACGUUCUGUCAACUCUACUUUCAAAAUCUAUCGAGAAUCCAACUACAUCUCCCAUCCCUGCUUGGACCCUGGUCCAAGCCACCAUCGUCCUGCAUCAGGAUUACUGCAAUGGCCGCCUAGUUAGACUUCCUGCGUAUGGCCUUUCAACCUGCUCAGAGUGCAACAACCAAAGUGAUUCUGUUAAAGAACUGGCUAAAGUGCUAUGGCUAUCUGCUUCCCUCUGGCUCUCGGGUGCCCGAGCUGCACUCAGGGAAGGCCUUACAGUCAGCAGUCUCCACUAUGCAGCAGUUUUACGGAAUCCCUGUCACCGGUGUGUUGGAUCAGACAACAAUCGAGUGGAUGAAGAAGCCCCGCUGCGGGGUCCCCGAUCACCCCCACUUAAGCCGCAGGCGGAGGAACAAGCGCUAUGCCCUGACUGGCCAGAAAUGGAGGCAAAAACACAUCACCUACAGCAUUCACAACUACACCCCGAAGGUGGGUGAGCUAGACACACGGAAAGCGAUUCGCCAGGCUUUCGAUGUCUGGCAGAAGGUGACCCCGCUGACCUUUGAAGAGGUGCCAUACCAUGAGAUCAAAAGUGACCGGAAGGAGGCAGACAUCAUGAUCUUCUUUGCUUCUGGUUUCCAUGGCGACAGCUCCCCAUUUGAUGGAGAAGGAGGAUUCCUGGCCCAUGCCUACUUUCCUGGCCCAGGGAUUGGAGGAGACACUCACUUUGACUCAGAUGAGCCAUGGACACUAGGAAACGCCAACCAUGAUGGGAAUGACCUCUUCCUGGUGGCUGUGCACGAGCUGGGCCAUGCACUGGGACUGGAGCACUCCAACGACCCCAGCGCCAUCAUGGCACCCUUCUACCAGUACAUGGAGACACACAACUUCAAACUGCCUCAGGAUGAUCUCCAGGGCAUCCAGAAGAUCUACGGUAUGUGGCAGGGGAGAGGGGGCCUCUGCUCUGUCUUCGGGGCUGGACUGUGA